GCCUCUUCCGCCGCCUUCCCGCGCUGCCUCCGGUCGCGCGCUGAGAGGUGGCGGGAACCGGUGCGAAGACUGCGUGAGGGCCCGCGCGGUCUUCUAGGCGGGGGCUGCGGUGCUUGCGAACCGGGCUUUGGCCUGGCGGGUGGGAUAGGCGUGGGCCGCUGGGCCGCUCAGUGACCUCCCGGGUCCUUUCAGUCAGGUCGGCCAGCCCCACCUGGCGGGCCCGGCUCGCAGCCGUGUUUCGAUGAUGCGCUCCAUUGAGCCUUGGCCGGGUACCCUGUUGUGACAGCUCGUGUUUUCAAGCUUUUGAGGAAACGCUCAGAAUACAUUGACAGAGGCUCCAGGACCUUGGCGAGCACGUCGUUUAUUUUUGUUGGGAGCCACGGAGAUGACUUGUGUCAAUGGCAACAACGGGAAAACAGUUUCAGUUUUGUUUCCAAGCUUUUUUUUUUUUUAACCUUUUGGUCAUCAGAACAACAGAAAGUUUUUUGCUUUUGUUUUUUCCUCUUUUGCAUUUCUAGCAAGGAAGAUGGAAAUUGCAUGUAAAUUGGUUGCCUAGAACGUGUAAGCACUUAAUUAGUUGGUAGCUAAGCGGGUGUAGCCUAUGAUUGGUCUAGCCCUCAGGAAGUUUACAUUGUGAUUGAAAAAAAAAGAUCUCUGUAGAAGCUAAAUGGACCGGCAGUGUAAGGCCGUAUGGAGAGGCCCAAACGAACGAACCAUACAGACUUUUGACUGGUGUUGAGUACAUCGUUGGAAGAAAAAACUGUGGCAUUCUAAUUGAAAAUGAUCAAUCGAUCAGUCGAAAUCAUGCUACAUUAACCUCUAACUUUUCUGUAACCAACCUGAGUCAAACAAAUGAAAUUCCUGUAUUGACAAUAAAAGAUAAUUCUAAGUAUGGUACCUUUGUUAAUGAGGAGAAAAUGCAGAAUGGUCUUUCUCAAAUUUUGAAGUCAGGGGAUAGAGUUACCUUCGGAGUGUUUGAAAGUAAAUUCAGAGUAGAGUAUGAACCUUUGGUUGCAUGCUCUUCUUGUUUAGAUGUCUCUGGGAAAACUGCUCUAAGUCAUGCCAUAUUGCAACUCGGAGGACUUACUGUAAACAAUUGGACAGAGGAAUGUACUCACCUUGUCAUGGUAUCAGUUAAAGUUACCAUUAAAACAAUAUGUGCACUCAUUUGUGGGCGUCCGAUUGUAAAACCAGAAUAUUUUACUGAAUUUCUUAAAGCAGUUCAGUCCAAGAAACAACCUCCAAAAAUUGAAAGUUUUUACCCACCUGUUGAUGAACCAGCUAUUGAAAGUAAAAAUAUUGAUCUAUCAGAAUGCCAAGAAAGAAAACAAAUCUUCAAAGGGAAAACAUUUGUGUUUCUAAAUGCCAAGCAGCAUAAAAAAUUAAGUGCAGCAGUUAUAUUUGGAGGAGGAGAUGCUAGGUUGAUAACAGAAGAAAAUAAAGAAGAUGAUAGUUUCUUUUCAGCUCCUGGAACUUGUGUUGUUGAUGCAGGACUAACAGAUUCACAGACUUUAAUUCCUGACUCUCAGAAAAAAUGGAUUCAUUCAAUUAUGGAUAUACUCCAAAGGAAGGGUCUUAGACCUAUUCCAGAAGCAGAAAUUGGAUUAGCAGUUAUUUUUGUUACUACAGAGAAUUACUGUGAUCCACAGGGCCAACCCAUUACAGGAUUGAAGACAACAACUCCAGGUCCAAGCCUUUCCCAAGCCCUACCAGCUAAUGAAAAUUCAAGGCCAAAUGCCUCAGUGAAUACUACAGCAUAUGUAGCUGACACAGAAUCAGAACAAGCAGAUACACGUAUGGAUUUGAGUGAAAGACCAAAAGAAAUGAAAGUAUUUGGAAUGGAACCAAAAUGUAGAAUACUUUCACAAGAAACGUCCACUGUGAAGAAACCCCACAAAAUAAGCUCUAAUAAUAAUAUAGUGUCAAAUACUCUGGUUAGGAUGAAAAUCCCAGACUAUCAGCUUUCACCGACUAAAUUCCCACAUGUAAAUAAAAGUAGAGGUUGGCCUUCUCAGCUUCAGCAAACCAACUCCAUCAAAGACUAUUUUCAGCCGCUUACCUCUCCCAAAAAACGGGAAAGGGAUGAAGAAAAUCAAGAAAUGUCUUUAUCCAAAUCAGCAAGAAUGGAAAUGUCUUGUUCUCUUUUAGAACAAACACAACCAACUACAUCGUCGAUAAGGAAAAAUAAGGAUGAACACCUAUCUCAGAAUGUGCUUGUGGAAAAAAACCCAGAUAAUUCAUAUGCAGAUACGAAUUUAAAACCCACUGUGAAAAAUUAUGCCAAUGAGUCUCUUUUUACAGAAAAACUAAAAUCAAAAAAAAGAAAAGAAAUUGAUGAUUUAGCCAUAGAAGAUGAAGUAUUAGAACAGUUAUUCAAGGAUACAGAACUAGAGUUAGAAAGCGAAGUGAAAGUUCAAAAACAAGAAGACAUCAGUGUUAGAAAAAGGCCAAGAUUGGAUAUAGAAACAAAUGUCACUUUUAAUGAUGAAACAAUACCAGAAAGUAACAAAAUAUCUCAAGAAAAUGAAAUUGAGAAGAAGUGUGAGCUCAAGAAAGAACCACUGUGGUCAACUAAAGAACUAUCUAACAAUGGUGAACUUCAGGAUGGUGAUGAGAUGCUUCCGAGGAAAGUGUUACUGACUGAAUUUCGGUCACUGGUGGUUCGUAACUCCACCUCCAGAAAUGCAUCCAGUGUGAAUAAUGAUUAUGGUGAACUAAAGAAUUUCAAGAAAUUCAAAAAGGUCACAUUUCCUGGAGCAGGAAAACUUCCACAGAUCAUUGGAGGAUCAGAUCUAAUAGCUCAUCAUGCUCGAAAGAAUACAGAAUUAGAAGAGUGGUUGAGGCAAGAAAUGGAGGUUCAAAAUCAACAUGCAAAAGAAGACUCUCUUGCUGAUGACCUCUUUAGAUACAAUCCUAAUGUUAAAAGGAGAAGAUAACAAGGUUUUAUGAAGAAGCCACAGAAAAACAUUUCCUGUUUAGUAUUUACUUCGAGUUUCCUCUGCAGUACGUUCAUACUGUGUAUAGAAGAUUUAAGUUUAUGGCCUAAAUUUGUUAAAUAAAACACACAAACUCAG